UUUGACAUGGCAGACGUCACUGCUCGUGCAGGGGAGUAUAGGCAGUGUUGUCAGCCUAGUGUCAGUCUGAUGAAGAUUGGCAUUCAGACUUUGAGAGGUGGAGUAACGUUGGGGAGAGGCCUGGAAGACCACGUUGCAUGCUGUGCUGCAGAAAGAAACCUCACAGUCUUCAUGUGAAGCUAUCCCAUAAUGCAACAUGUGCCCCCAGCACCAGGACUAGCUAUGAUGGCCACCCAGAGUGUUCCUCCACCAUCCUACCAGGAGAGCCAGCAGAUGACGGGCACCACCCAGCAGAACUCCAAGACCCCGCAGGUCCACCUCCCAGCCGCGGGGGGCGCCAGCACCCCGGUCAGCGUGACCCUUGACCCCCAGGCCCAGCUGGAGUCUGAUAAGAGGGCCGUCUACAGACACCCCCUAUUUCCUCUUCUGGCGCUGCUGUUUGAGAAGUGUGAACAGGCCACACAGGGCUCUGAGUGCAUCACCUCCGCCAGCUUCGACGUCGACAUCGAGAACUUUGUCCACCAGCAGGAGCAGGACCACAAGCCGUUUUUCAGCGAAGAUCCUGAGCUUGACAACCUGGUGAGACCAGAGGAACACACUCCUGAAACACGGGUCAUCCUCAAACAUGACUUCAUGGUUAAACCAGUCCUCCGUAGGACCUCAAAGUCUGCAGAUUACUGGGAGGGAAACAUGAAAUACGUCUACUUGAAAUGUAUCUUUUUUGUCCAACAGCAUCCCUAUCCCACAGAGGAUGAGAAGAGACAGAUUGCAGGACAGACUAACCUCACCUUGCUACAGGUGAACAACUGGUUUAUUAACGCCCGUAGGCGUAUCCUCCAGCCCAUGCUGGAUGCCAGUAACCCCGACCCGGCGCCCAAAGCCAAGAAGAUGAAGUCUCAGCAUCGCCCCACGCAGCGCUUCUGGCCCGACUCCAUUGUGGCGGGCGUGCUUCAGAGCCACGGGGCCCUCGCAGGAGGCCACUCCGACAACUCUCUGAACAUGGACGGGCUCCAGCCCCUGUCCUCCGACUCAGCCACCCUGGCCAUGCAGCAGGCCAUGCUGGCCGCAACCGAGGACUCCAUGGAUGGCACGGAGGAGGAGGAGGAGGAGGAGGAGGAAGAGGAGGAGGAGGAAGAGGAAGGGAUGGAGGAUGAAGAGGAGGAGGAAGAAGAAGAGGAUGACAGUCAGGGGGGGAGACAGCUGUCCGCUGGAGGAAGUGGGAGGAGAGGCCUGUCUAUGGAGCAGAGAGAGGGACUCGAGUAAGAGGAGGAGAAGAAGACUUGAGUAACUAAAGAAGAAGAGAUGGAGAGGCUAGUCUCCUAUGACCCUGGCACACACCCACGCCCAUUCAGAUUCAGCUACAACUGACCACUAACACUUUAAGGGGCAUUGUUUCGUUUUAUACAUGUUUAUAAUCUCCAGACUCUGAAAGACUCCCAGACAGAGCCAUUAGUAGGAGCCCCUGUGUGAGGUGUGCAUUCUUUUUGUUGUUGUUGCAAAAAUGGACAAUUCAUGACCAUGACAAUGAAUAUCUACACGUCAAAAAAAUAAAUAAGAAGAACCUUUUACAUUUUGUUGCAAACAUGUUCUGUCUGGUUGUCGCGCCUGGUCCUCAUGUAGGUCUUCCUCUGCUGGUGUCAUCUAGGCCGCGGUCCUGUGUCAACACGGGGUGGUUCUCAGGUGAACUCCAUUAAAGCACAAACAUUUAUUUGGAGAACUCUAAACACGACAGACGGUAUAUUUCCAUGAACGCAGAGCGGUCACAACAUGGCCUAAUGGAUGUUUUUUUGUGCAUGAUUUCCGGGGGGGCGGGAGGGGGGAAGAUUUUUCCACAGCAAAAAAAAGAGAAUUAAACACAGAGAAACCAGUGACAGCACAAUAUAUGCACAUGAAUGAUGUUUUUCUGUUUGAAGUUUGUGUUAUGGUGAGGAAAGCUUAUUUAUUCCUUUCUUCCCCAGCUUGCCAGGAUGUUGGUAGCUUAUUUUUGAAUAAAGAUGUAACGUUGCUUUCCAGAGCGCCUGGCUUGGAUGGGUGUGUAUGAAGCAAAGCUAACUGUCUAACCUGUGGCUGUGCAUUCUGCCCUUAAGCCAAUGUGAUCAACUAUCGUACAAUGAAAUAUGAUAAACAACUAGGACUCCUUCCAACGUCUCACAUCACGCCGUCUCAAGUCGAGGGAUUGUACGAACGAGGGAUCGUAUGAACGCAGGGAGAACUCGCUUCUCAAAUGACGUACACGUCUUUCACCAAUGAACUUUUGCAAAGACGUCAGGCAUGAGAAGAGCACUGUCCUAUUUCUGGGACUAUUUCUCUCUAUUUUAAGUGAAAGAUUUUCAAGAAACUGUGAAAACUAUUUCCGCCCUGGGUUUUGUGUUCCAGUUGACAAAAAUGGAUCAGCAUCUGUUUCUAACGUAAUGUCUUGAAAGGAAAGACGAACAUGUUAUUGAAUGUUUCUUGGGCUUGUUGUUUGUGAAGUAUGUUUCUCAUUACUCUUCUGUUCCUUUUGUCCAUUGCUUUUUUUAAUGGUUCUUUCAGAGCAAGUGAUAAUAGGGAAUAUUUUUAUUUUGUUUGUACACAUUGUUGUCAUAAACUAUUGUGUUUCAAUAGAUCAAUUGUAAUAAUUAAAAGAGAUAAAACUAC